AGUCGUGUAGUCUGAAGCUGUCUCUGACAGCAUCAUGCAUCAAGCUGCAACCUAAGCCUUUAAAAAACACCAGAUAAAUCCAAAAAGGUUUAGGAAUCUAUGAAAUUCGUCAGCUCAAACGUCACCUUUUAUGAAUUCCUCUCAUCACGAUAAAAACCCAUUAAUUUCCUUCACCAAUUACUCCAAAUUAGUAAAAAGAGAAAGGAUAAUUCACUACCCACGCGCCAACACGCGCCGCCAUCACCAUCAUGCCACAACCUCAUUUCAUCGUAGUGACCUAUCCUGCACAAGGCCACAUAAACCCGACCUUACAAUUCGCCAAACAUCUUAUUCGUCUCGGCGUACGUGUAACUUACAUCACCAGCAUCUCCGCCAGCCGCCGCAUGACCAAAGUCCCCACCGCUGAAGGCCUAUCGUUUUUACCUUUUUCAGAUGGCUACGACUACGGAAUUAAACCCGGCGAUGACACAGACCAUUACUUGUCUGAAUUCAAGCGACGAGGCAAAGAUGCCAUCUCUGAGUAUAUAACAAGUAGUGAAAACGAAGGUAAACCCAUUACUUGCAUUGUCUACUCUUUAUGCCUUCAUUGGGCUGCGGAGGUGGCGCGUAAACAUCACAUCCCGUCAGCUUUACUCUGGAUUCAACCCGCCACCGUUUUCGACAUCUAUUAUUUUUACUUCAACGGAUACGAAUCCGCCAUUAAAGCUCAAGCUGAUGAAACAAACCCGAAGUGUUCGAUAAAAUUACCAGGUCUACCGCCACUCUUCCCCCGCGACCUUCCAUCGUUCGUCAUCGCUUCGAACGUUUACCAAUCGGCACUGUCGUUGUUCCAAGAACAAAUGGACGUCCUCGCAGAAGAACCCAACGCUAAAAUCCUUAUUAACACCUUCGAUGCUUUGGAACACGAAGCAUUAAACGCCAUUGAAAAGUUCAAGACAGUUGGUAUUGGACCUUUAGUCCCAUCUUCAUUCUUUAACUCAAAAGACGCAUUAGAUAAUUCCUUAAGAGUCGAUCUUUUUCAAUCCGAUUCAAAAGAUUACAUCCAAUGGUUAGACUCCAAACCAAAAUCGGCCGUCGUUUACGUUUCCUUCGGGAGUAUCGCGGCGUUGAAGAAGCAACAAGUGGAGGAAAUCGCUCGAGCUUUAAUAUCCAGCCGGCGACCGUUUUUAUGGGUGAUGAGGAACCGGAAAGAUAGAGGCGAAGAAGAGAAAGAAGAAGAUAAGUUAACUUGCAGGGAAGAAUUGGAACAAAUUGGAAUGGUGGUUCCAUGGUGUUCGCAAGUAGAAGUGUUGUCUCAUCCGUCGUUGGGUUGCUUUGUGACGCAUUGUGGGUGGAACUCGACGUUAGAGAGCUUGGUUGCCGGUGUACCGAUGGUAGCUUUUCCUCAGUGGACGGAUCAAGGGACUAGUGCGAAGCUGAUUGAAGAUGUGUGGGGCACUGGGGUGAGAGUGAGCACUAAUGAAGAAGGGAUGGUGGAACGUGAUGAGAUCGUUAGGUGCUUGGAUGUGGUGAUGGGGGAUGAUGAGAAAGGGAUGGAAGUGAAGAAAAAUGUAGAGAAAUGGAAAGGGUUAGCCAGGGAAGCCGCCAUGGAAGGUGGGUCCAUGGAUAUGAACCUUAAAGCUUUUGUGGAUGAUGUUUCUCAAGGUUAUUGCAAGUAAAUUUGUUUUUUUCUUCCAUUUUAAAUAUCAUUCUUCAUUUUCAAUCUUUAAAAAUCUCAUUGGUGUUGGUUUGAUUUGAUGGUAAGAAUGCUAUAAAUAAAUUUCAAUUUUGGGUUUAUAUUAAA